AUGGCGAGAUUUAACACAAGAGUUUGGGGGAAACGCCACCGUCAGCGUGGCAUCUCGUUCAAUAAGAAAAAGGAGGAGCGCGCUCUUCAAGUUGGGCUGCCCAAUGUCUGUACAGAACUGAAGAACACGAGCCCAGUAAGCAUCAUUACAUGGAUCCGCAGAAUCCGUCACGGAUCCAGAUCGAAGUUGCUCAAGCCUCAGGGCAAGGGAUAUCUAGAUCCUGGUCCAACCGCUGUAUCCGCCUCCAAUUAUGAAGGUUAUUUCGGGGCCCCUUGUCGGGUUGUCCCGCCUCCAGAGUUCCACUUUGGCUGGGGCCUUGGAGAGAUUUUGGCACAUUAUUGGGACAUCCAGACAAAAUCUGCAAGGUUCGAUCGCGGGAUCGGGGGUUGUGGGGCCGGCUCCAAAGGGCAGCAACCUGGGAACGCAGCAAUAAUGAUCGCAAACGGGGCAGCGCCAACAGGAAGCCCAGGUUACGGCCCGCUUGAAAUUCCUCUGUUCGACCUCUGCGCAUCUUCAGAUGCAUUUCGCAAACGCAUCUCUCGUUUGCGUGCCGUAUCUGUCAUGGAGCGUUUGGAAUCACACCUGGAUAGCGUAUGGGCUAGGUUGAUUGAGAGAGCCGGCCGUCUCCGUGACACAACCAGCAGAUGGAGGACAUAUUGGUAUCUCGGGUGGCAAAGUAAACAUUAUUAUUACUGUUCUCGCACGCUGCAUGAGACUGUCUGAUUCGGUGUUUAAAGUAUGCCGGAAAUCCUGCGAUGUCCAACCCUGGCUGUUUUCAACAACUACAUAUUUGAGGCUGAG